ACGCGCGAAAGAACGCAGAAUCCGUUUGUUGGCUGCGGAGAAAGAAUGGCAUUGUCCGAGGGGAGGAUCGUCCGAGAGGAUGAGAAACUAUGUCGGCCGGUUGGCAUCGAUUUGGCAGAAGUAACGGGAGCCAGAGUGCCUGCCAGAGGAGGAGAUUCUACAUAUAGAGGUAGAAGCGAGUCGCGAGCCGAUUCAGUCUGGGUGAAGCCACGCGACAUUACGACGUUGUGCCGAAUCGCGCAAGUCUAGCCGCCGCUUUUCGUCCAGGUGUCAUAUUAUCGAGCUUCGACCGAGUGACCGCGAGAAACACCACGUGCUCCUCUCUUCUCUCUGCUCGCAACACAACUCGAGGUGGGGCAUAGCUGAUCGAUCUUCGUCUCAGCGCAGAUUGACGUGGACCAGUUCGUGAGACAUGGAGCAAACUGGCAUCUCGAUAAUACAGACUGGUGCGAUCACCGCCAGUACAGCGGGAAAAUCGAAAAGCGUUGGUAUCCCGUUCAAUCCGAGCUCCAGCAUACAGAGUGCCACGAAGAAGUUCAAAAUACCAUGGCUGAGCAAUUUGAUGAGAGAGGAUGCAUCCGGCUGGAAGACGCUGUGCAUUGCCGUUAGCGAGGCGAUCGGCACCGCCAUUCUGGUCUUCGUUGGAUGUACAGGAUGUAUCGGAAGCUUGGGUGUUCAACCGAACCUGAUGCAGAUCUCUCUGGCCUUUGGACUAGGUGCCAUGAUAGCUAUACAGUGUAUUGGACACAUCAGUGGAGCGCACAUAAAUCCCUCCAUAACAGUGGCAGCUCUGAUCCUAGGAAGAGUCUCUCUGCCCAUGACCUUCCUCUACAUUUGUUCCCAGUGUAUCGGUGGACUGAUAGGCUUCGGUCUGAUUAGGGUGAUAACACCGGUGCAGCUGAUGUACACCGCGCAGGGGGCAGGAGAAUCCUUCUGCAUGACGGACGUUCACACAGAUCUGACCACUCUUCAGGGUGCCAUGGCGGAGGUUUUGGCCACUGGGCUUCUCGUCUUCUUCGCGUGCGGUGUAUGGGACUGUCGAAACGCCGCCAACACAGACUCGACACCGAUGAGGCUUGGCUUCUGCAUCACCGUCCUGUGUCUCAUUUUCAUCCCAUACACUGGCUGCAGUUUGAACCCAGCAAGGACACUAGGUCCAGCCGUCUGGAAUGGCUACUGGACUAAUCAUUGGGUCUUCUGGAUUGGCCCAAUCGGUGGCGCUAUCGUGUCGUCGCUGCUGUAUCGAUGUCUGUUUCUUUGCAAGACUACCGAGUCUGAAUAGCGGACAACGACGCAACAGUGCUGUAGGACGGCGAUGAAUGGCGAUGGUAGGUUUUGCAGUUGCAGGAUCGAGAUUAUUAGGAAUAGCGAAUAGCGAUGGUAAAGCGUCCAUUUGUUCCAACUUAUCGCUGAUUAGCCUUCUGCUACGUUUUGUUUGCCGCAGGACAAACACGGGAUAAUAAUAGGGCGACUCGUAACUUGUGCGAUUUUCUUCAUUCCAAGACUCGAUAUUGUCACGCGGAAGAAUCUAUGAACGCGCUAACCGAAGCGACUCUCUGGCGAUAAUUUCUUAAUCAUCUGAAUUAAUUAUAGAAAUAAUUUUAUAAUUUUUUUAUUUGAGAACACAGAUGUAUGGGAACAUAUAUAGCGUAUUGACCGUCGCGCUGAUUUUAUACACGAUGUCCCCGUAUCGAUGGUACAACCGUGGAGAGGGUGAAUGUACAUGAAAAAAUAAGUCGAAAAUGUGGAAUACAUUUUUUUCAUUCGAGGCUUCGUUUUCGAGAAAAUCCACUUUAUAUUUCGUCCGGCUACGCCUGCGCUUGACCGUCUCGUGGUUAAAAUUAAACAUAUGUCGUACGUUUAUGAGCAAUAAUAAAGCGUGUAACCCUUAGGAGUUACUUUAUUAAUGCAAAAUUUGUUGAAAAUGCUGGCCAUCGAGCUGCUCACCGAAUUCAAUUUUUAACGCAUUUUCCGCUUUCAUUUCUUUGUUUGUACGGUUUGUAUCGAGAUCCGUUUAAGCAGGACGUAAUCAGGCGCACGCGCCCCAGGACCUCAAGCAUGGAACGCGCAUACAGCCGACUCAUUCGACGAUUCACAGUUCUCGUCGUCCUCUUUCGUAUAGAAUCGAGAAUUCCUGGCAAAUUUCUUUCGUCUUCGUCGGUUUCCGCUCUGUUCGCUCGAUCUCACCUUCCGCAACUGAUCGAUACGACUGAGGGGAAGAGGCGGCGAGAAAAUAGAUCGAGCCACGUUAAUCCACUGUCUUAUUGGUUUCAGCGAGCAGAAUCGUAUUCAGAUGGUCCGUAGUUCACAAUUCGAGCGAGAAAUCCUAAUCGUGUCGCGGAAGCCGAAAGUGGGGGACGAUCGCAGGGCCGAAUAAAGGAUGGAGGAUCGAGAAGAGGCGGAAACUUCGCGGAACGUCAGGCGAGAAGGACUUCUCGGUUGCGCAGACCGAUUUUCCCAAACGAUUCGUCCUCUUCUUAGAUCGAUAUCAUCUCCUCUUACGUAUAUUUUUCUACGAAGUACGUAAUUUUCAAAGUUUCGCGUAAUUUCGAUGGAAAGUUUCCGAGAGGGAGAGGAGAGAGGGAAGCAUCGUAGAAUAAAAAUUGUUCGUAGAAUUCUUUGUCUGAGAAUGAAACGCGAGAAAGGAUUGCAGAUUGUUUUCGAUGCCUCGUUUAUCGAAUGGGUAGGUCACGGAAGAAUCGAAUUCUUCGAUCUAUUGCGUUUUUAAAAUUACGAAAUUCAGAAUUCACCAAAAGCGAUCGAGAUGUGUGCACGCAGAGGCAGAAAUAAAUUUGAUACGUUUUAAGAAA